ACCACGCCGCGUCUUUCCCAGCAGCCCCAGCGGUGGAGACGCCACCGGCUGCGUCCUUCAGUAUAGCGGACGGAAGAUGGCGUCCGCCACCCGUCUCAUCCAGCGGCUGCGGAACUGGGCGUCUGGGCAUGACCUGCAGGCGAAGCUGCAGCUGCGCUACCAGGAGAUCUCCAAGCGGGUUCUCCAGAGACUUCCUGAGAUAACAGGAAACGCAGGGCGUCCAGAGCCUGGCCUUAGGGGAAAAAGCCACUCAGAGUGGACAAAGUCAGAACUCAGCCUCCUCCCAAGCUCCCUGUGGGUCCUAGCCACAAGCUCUCCAACAAUUACUAUUGCACUCGCGAUGGCCGCCGGGAAUCUGUGCCCCCUUCCAUCAUCAUGUCGUCGCAGAAGGCGCUGGUGUCAAACAAGCCAGCAGAGAGCUCUGCUGUAGCAGCCACUGAGAAGAAGGCGGUGACUCCAGCUCCUCCCAUAAAGAGGUGGGAGCUGUCCUCAGACCAGCCUUACCUGUGACACUGCACCCUCACGGCCACCCGACUACUUUGCCUCCUUGGGUUUCCUCCAGGGAGAAUGUGACCUAAUUUAUGACAAAUACAUAGAGCUCAGGUAUCACUUCUAGUUUUACUUUAAAAAAUAAAAAAAUAGAGACAGAGUCUCACCAUGUU